UUGGCUCUUUCCACCCUCACCAGCGCUCAAUACGACGUCGAGUCGAAAUCCUUCCGUCUUGUCCUCUCCUCAAAGGACACCCAAGUCAACGGCCAGACGCUCUCUGCCUGUCACACCGGCGCAGCAAUCGAGUCGCUCUGCCUCUCUGGCACACCCUCAACCUCUAAACCCGACCCCAUCGCCGCCGCAACCUUCCGCUUCAACACCUCCUCCAACAUCGAAACCCCUGCAGAUGGCAACGUCCCCGGCAUCCUCACCUACAAGCUGAACGCCUCCCCGCCGAUCCCUUCGUCGCUGGAGUUCUUCUACGACCCAACAACCAACUAUGCGCUCCCGCUGCUGUUCCCGGGGCAAGACGCCAAUACACAGACACUGGCUUUUGACAAGAAGAACUUGCUGAAUGUGCAGGGAUAUGUGAACUACAAGACCAGCCCGCCCACCGCCGGCAACACUACCGCGUACUACAGAUGGUACUCUUGCUCAACGUACUUUUCUGGCUAUCAGUAUGUGAACUUGGUGUGGGCGCUCGGAGAUGCGAAGCCGGAGACGCCUGGCUGCGUGAAGGUCGAUGUAAAGAGGGUGUUCAUCUAG